AUGGGUGGUUGUUGGGUUGCGCACUGGGCGCGCACGGGGGAGUUUGUGCUCAAGGCUAAUGACGAUAAAUCGAGCGACGCGCCGCCCGAGACGACCGAGGAUAAGUUCGACCCUGCGCACUACCACGGCACCGGCGAGGGCGAGGCCGACUCAGACCCUUCUUCGCUACCUUCGGAGUUGAUCGGGGACGACGAUGACCCCUUGAUCCCCACGGCUGCCGCGAUUGACCGCGUUUUCUACGAUGCGCGUGCGACCUGGCAGCACUUUGUUCGCGAGGCCAAGGCGCUGCCCGCGUGCUCAUUUCCCCGCCAUCUCAACGACCCAUACAUUCUGCUACAAGAUGUGCCCGCUUUACCUAGCCGGAUGCCGUCGGCGCUUCUUUUAGCUGGGCGGCCGAUAUGGUAUGUGCCCGAUCCGGGAGCCGAUCUUGGAGCCACUUCCGGAGGACACGAGCCCGAGGGUAAUAGUGGUUCGUUGGACUUGCAAACCGUUGCUGGCCUACGUGAGAACCUUACCUUGUGGCGUAAGGAUGUAAUAACCUGCCGCACCACGGCGGUGCCCCCGUUGGAUGAUGUGCCGGCGCUCCGAUCGCGUGGUCAUUUAAUUUUAACGCUGGGCUGGGCAUACAUCUUGUCCGUGCGUUUAUUGGAAAUCCAGCAUCGAAAGGUUGUGUACACGCAAGAAGUUCUGCAGCCGCAGAACGCCACGGAUGCGGUGCGCCUACGACGGCAGGGCCGGCUGGUCCUGAACUUGACGGGCGACGUCUCGCCACAACUUGUGCGGUGGCUCUGUGCGCUGCUGUCGCCGCAGCUUGGUUGGCGGGCACAGGGUGCCCGGAUGGUGCCACCGUGGGCAUUGCAUUGUACGGGCGAUGUUGUCUUCGCUGUGAUCGCCAACGACAGCACUUUAAAGACAGAAGAGACUGCACCGCCGACCUCAACCGACGCUUCGAUCUUACUUGCCGAAUUCUGUGCCCUUUAUAACCUGGAUGCGGCAGACGAGCCCGGCGACGCGGUGUCCAUCUCGCCCAUUACGGCGUCAUUCAUGGCAGCGCUCGCACUCCCUUUACAUCGCCUAUACGACUUACAACCCCAAUUUCCCAUACCGCGGUUGCGGAGACUCAAUUUCCCCGGCGACAAAGAGAAGGUGUUAAAGUGCAUUACCCGCUACGUCGACGACUUACGCUAUUUCAUGACACUCAGCAUGAGCCCGUGGACAGUGGGGUCCGUUAUUUGGAGCGUGUUUUGGCAGCCCGACACGGAUGCCAACCUGGUCAGCCCCUGGCUGGCCGGCGCUUUGGAGGCCCUGCGCCCGAUUCUGGCGUCGGGCAAUGUUGUGGAGCUCGUGCAGGUCUUUGCUCAGCGCCGGCCACGCGUUGCUCUGUGGUGGCUCGGUCUUUCUCUGCUUGGCAACCAGCGCAUUGUCGAGUUGGUGACACGGUACUUGGAGACGUCGGAGGAGGAAUACGGGCAUGGGUCGUUGGCUAGGGCCAGUAUCACCGCGUUCGCCUGGACCGGCGUCCAGCAUGCCUUUUCACACGCUCCACCGCCGCGCCCAUACAAGGACGAAAAGGACACGUCGCAGCUGGUUGCACGAGCGGACCUUUUGUGGCACCGGCUGAAUUUUAACCUCCAAGAUGAUUCCGGUCAACUGGCUUGGCGUCCUUUUGGCCAUGUCCGCAAAGAAUACAUCGAGCGGGAUAUUUGGCCCUGGCUCGAACACGGGUGCCAACGGCGGUACGUUAAGUGGAUAUGGUGGUUCGAGGCAAAUAACAAAACCACUGGGGUUAUUAAGACCACGGCAAACGAGGAACGCGGCUUCCAGGCCGACACCGGCCGAGCCGUUCAAAACGUGCCCGAUGUUCUCGACGUUCUUGACGGCGCGGCAGAACCCGGCAACGCAGUCGUCAAGCUGCAGCCGUCAAUGGAAGCGACGCUGCGCAUGGUCCACUUUUGUAUGAUGGAAAUGGGAGGCGAACUAGACAUGAGCUUGGCUGUUCUAAAUGGAAUCACGUCUCACAAAUGGCUACGCGGAUGGGGGAUGUUUCGCUGA